AUGAUUUACGAUUGCCUUAUUGUCGGAGGGGGGGCCGCAGGCCUUAGUGUUGCACUUGGUCUCGGUCGAGUUAACCGCUCCUGUGUCGUAUUCUCUCACCAAAACCAUCGAAAUAAAGAUGCAAAACACAUCCAUGCGGUGCUGAGCCGAGAUCACAUCGAUCCAAAUUCAUUCUACCACCUGUCUCGGCAGCAAAUUGCAAGGUACCAGAAUACCAAUUUCGUGGAGGCAGAAAUCGUCGAUGUUGCUCGAACAGCUGAGGUACUUUCGAACUUCGUCGCCAGGGACGCUGAAGGAAGAUCCUGGCAGGGCAGGAGCAUUGUCCUUGCAACAGGAGUGCAUGAUCUUCUGCCCGAUCUUGAGGGCUAUGUGGAGAACUGGCCCGCGAAUAUAUAUCAGUGCCUGUUUUGCGAUGGAUACGAACGCAGAGAACUACCCAAGGGCGUUCUGUGCUAUCCCUCCUUCAACCCAAUGAUGGCAAAGAUGGCUACGAUGUUGCAUUGCAUGUCCCCGCCACGUGUAGAACGUGAUCAGCCUGCCACUGAAAGAAGCUCCCAGCCCAAGGUGACCGUGUUCACCAACGGACCUCCAAACGUCCACUGCGAUCCAAAAAUCCAGAAAGCACUGGAUACUUGCGCCGCUCACCGUAUGCUCAUCGACACUAGGCCGGUGGUGAAACUGGUCGCCGACACAGAAAAAGAGGGUGUGUACGUUCAUGUCCGCAACGAGGAUGGCUCUCAAUCGGCCGUACACAUGGCGUUCUUGUUUCAUAAGCCAUCGACUGCCCCUGCAGCACCACGACUUCUGUCCCAAUUAGGGGUAGAGCUCUCCCCAACUGCCACUGUUGCUUUGGCGCGUCCUCCGUUCCAGAGCACCAACAUACCUGGCGUUUUCGUUGCUGGAGAUACCUGCACAGAGAUGACUCACGCAACCAAUGCCAUGUAUACCGGCAUGAUGUGUGCUGCUGGUGUAACUCACUACUGCAACGAUCUCGACGAUCAAACUGCUCUGGCAUCCUCGUGA